CAAGUGGGUUUGCACCGCGGCCUCUCAGCACGUCAAGUCCAGAUGAUCGCCAUCGCAGGAACCAUAGGCACAGGCCUCUUCCUCGGGACAGGGCGUUCCUUAGCUCAAGGCGGGCCAGCUAGCAUGCUUAUAUGCUACUCCAUAGUCGGGUUUAUCGUCUACGUUACCCUCCUACUCCUUGGAGAGAUGGCAACGCAGUACCCUGUCGCAGGGUCAUUCAAUGCGUACACUACACGAUUCUUUUCUCCGUCGUACGGGUUUGCGCUGGCUUGGAAUUAUUGGUUCAAUGACGCCGUAUCAGUCGCGUCGGAUCUUACUGCUGCUCAGCUGGUUUUGCAGUAUUGGACACCGUGGAAUCCUUGGGUUAUUAGUCUCCUGUUUUGGUUGUUCCUCGUUUCUGUGAACGCUACACACGUGAAGGCAUAUGGGGAGCUUGAGUACUGGCUUUCUUCCUUGAAAGUGUUCACUGUUAUCCUUUUCAUCAUAGUCGGCAUUUUCGUGAAUGUUGGAUUGAAUACCGAACAUCGGUUUAUCGGAGUCAGUAAUUGGCAGAUUCCAGGCGCUCCUUUUGUUGGUGGCUUUGGAGGGUUUGCAAAGGUAUUCGUUACAGCAAGUUUUGCUUUUGGGGGUACGGAAAGCUUGGGGAUAACUGCUGGCGAAACGAAAAAUCCGUCCAAAAACAUGCCUAGAGUCGUUAAGCUGGUCUUCUGGAGAAUCAUGAUUUUCUACGUACUGAGCAUCUUGAUAAUUGGAUUGAAUGUACCCUGGGACUAUCCAAACCUAUCUAACAGAAGCACAACCACUUCACCGUUCACCGUUGUCUUACAAUUAGCAGGCUCAACUGUCGCCGCGUCUUCCAUGAAUACCGUCAUCCUCACCUCAGUCCUCUCUGCAGGGAAUCACGCACUAUUCGCAGGCACUAGAGUUCUUUAUGGUCUUUCGGUGACCUCGCCACCCCAAGCCCCUAAGAUAUUCUCAUGGACCACGCGGAAGGGUGUACCCAUUCCAGCCCUCCUAUUGACGAGCAGCAUCAGCGCGUUGUGCUUUGGCACCAGCUUCAUUGGAAGCGGCGUAUUGUGGGGCUGGCUCCAGAAUAUUGUUGGUGUUUCCAACCAGAUUGCGUGGUUAUCCAUCGGCCUCUCAAGCUUGCGUUUUCGGAAAGCAUGGGUUAAGCAAGGACGCUCGUUGGACGAUCUGAAGUUCAGUGCUUCCUGGACAAGGGGUUGGGGUCCACCUUUCGUCGUUGUAGCUGUAUCAACACUCAUACUCAUCCAAGGCUGGUCAUCAGUGAUUCCAGAAUUUUCACUCGUCGACUUUAUUUCGUUCUACAUCGAGCUCCCCGUCAUGCUCAUCAUGUUCCUUGCUUGG